AUGGGUGUGCUUCCAAAGAGAAUAAUACUAAUGCGUCACGGCGAGUCUCAAGGAAACCUUGACACGUCAGCAUACACCACCACACCUGACCACAGCAUUCAGUUAACUCCACAAGGCAUCGCCCAAGCUCGCCUCGCCGGCGCCAACCUCCGCCGCAUCGUUUCCGGCGAAGGCUGCUCCCCUGACUGGCGUCUCUACUUCUACGUAUCUCCUUACGCCCGAACCCGAUCUACACUCCGCGAAGUCGGUCGUGCUUUCUCGAAGAAGCGCGUGAUCGGCGUCAGAGAAGAGUCGCGUGUUCGAGAACAGGAUUUUGCUAACUUCCAAGUUCAAGAGCGCAUGAAAAUCAUCAAGGAAACUCGUGAACGUUUUGGUAGAUUCUUUUAUCGCUUUCCUGAAGGCGAAUCCGCCGCCGAUGUUUUUGAUCGCAUUUCCGGUUUUUUUGAAUCGCUAUGGAGAGACAUAGAUUUGAACAGGCUUCAUCUCAAUCCAUCAAACGAUCUGAAUCUGGUGAUAGUUUCUCACGGAUUAACGUCGCGGAUUUUCUUGAUGAAGUGGUUCAAGUGGACGGUGGAGCAAUUUGAGCAGCUAAACAAUUUUGGAAACUGCGAGUUUCGCGUGAUUCAGCAAGGAAGUGGUGGAGAGUAUAGUUUAGCGGUUCAUCAUACGGAGGAAGAGAUGCUUGAAUGGGGACUUUCUCCUGAUAUGAUUGCUGAUCAGAAAUGGCGUGCAACUGCACCAAGAGGUGCUUGGAAUGAUCAAUGCUCUUGGUACCUUGACGCUUUUUUUGAUCAACUUGCUUCAUCAUCUGAUGAUGAUGAAGAUACUCAAAAUGAAGGUGAAUCUGAAAGUUGA